UCGUUUUGACGUUUCAAAAAUUCGCAUAGCCAAAUAUGGGAUUUCUUGAAAUUGAAGUGAAUUGGAUAUGAACUGUCUCUUAAAAAUAUCUUUUUUUUUCGAAUCAUAGUAAAAUUUAAAUGUGACUUCAUUCAAACACGUACGUUAGAUAGCCUUCACUAAAAGAAACUAAGAUGUCUUUCCGAGUUGUACGUAGUUCUAAGUUCCGUCAUGUCUACGGCCAAGCCUUGAAAAGAGAGCAGUGUUAUGACAAUAUCCGUGUAUCGAAAAGCUCUUGGGAUUCAACUUUCUGUGCUGUGAACCCUAAGUUCCUGGCUAUUAUAGUUGAGAGUGCUGGAGGAGGUGCGUUCAUAGUCUUACCACAUAAUAAGGUCGGACGUAUUGCCGCAGAUCAUCCUCUAGUUGGUGGACACAAGGGCCCCGUUUUGGAUAUUGCAUGGUGUCCCCAUAAUGACAAUGUUAUCGCUAGCGGAUCAGAGGAUUGCGUGGUGAAAGUUUGGCAUAUUCCCGACGGAGGCCUGCACAAGACCCUCACCGAACCAGUGGUAAACCUUGUUUACCAUCAGAGAAGGGUCGGGCUGGUGGUGUGGCACCCCACUGCAUUGAAUGUUCUAUUGACUGCCGGUAGCGACAAUCAGGUCGUUAUAUGGAAUGUUGGUACUGGAGAAGCCUUAGUGGAACUGGACUGCCAUCCUGACAUCGUCUAUAGUGCCUGCUUCAACUGGGAUGGAUCGAAGCUCUUGACUACCUGCAAGGACAAAAAAAUAAGAAUCAUCAAUCCGAGGACUGGUGAAGUAGAAUGUGAUGCUAUUGCGCAUGAAGGUUCGAAAGCAACAAGAGCAAUAUUUUUAAGGCACGGCUUGGUAUUUACAACCGGCUUCUCUAAAAUGUCCGAAAGACAGUACAGUUUGCGAACUCCUGAUUGUUUGGGGGAACCUAUCGUUAUGGUAGAGUUGGACACUUCCAACGGUGUGAUGUUUCCUCUCUAUGAUCCCGAUACAAAUCUCGUGUACCUGUGUGGCAAAGGAGAUUCUGUUAUUAGGUACUUCGAAAUAACAGCAGAACCACCUUUUGUCCAUUAUAUAAAUACCUUCCAAACCCCUGAUCCUCAAAGAGGGAUCGGUAUGAUGCCAAAGAGAGGAUGUGACGUCACUUCCUGCGAAAUUUCAAGGUUUUAUAGACUCAAUAACUCAGGUCUAUGCCAAGUAAUCACCAUGACAGUGCCGAGAAAAUCGGAACUCUUUCAAGAAGAUUUGUAUCCCGAUACAAUUGGAGAUACAGCAGCACAAUCUGCAGACGAUUGGAUCGGCGGACAAGAUUCUGAACCAAUCCUAAUUUCCCUAAAAGACGGAUACAAACCUCCUGAAUCUAAAUCUUCCUUAUCGGUUAGCAAGAGAAGUAACGUUUUGGAUAAAAUGCCACCCAAAGGAGGAAAAUCGGCACAGGCUCAGUCUUCUCCUGUAUCGGACAAGACGCUCCAAGAGUUCGCCGACGAGAUCCGCAAACUGAAGGCGAUGAUCGUGAAACACGAGAACCGCAUCCGCGCCCUGGAGGCAGACGUGGCGCUUAGCAAGGCGGGGAACGCCGACGACGACGGCGCCGGUGGCGGCGACGGCCUCAACGCGCAGCCCAACCUCGCCUCCGACGAGGUAUAACGUUGCUCAAAACCUCGAUGAGCAUUCUCAUCGAACGGCUCAAACUAACAUGUUGGAAGGUAUUGCACCUGUUUGGUUUCGCAAUUGCUCGGCUUUUUAUACAUAAUCUAAUCUAAGUCCCAUCAUUUUAUUUAUUUUUUUAUCAUUUCAGAUAUCGAAUCAUGAAUGCACCAUGUUUUCAUGGUCAUCUAACUUAUAUCAUCAACAUAAAAGUGCUCUUAGCUGUCAAUGCAAAAUGUGUUAAUAUUUCUACAAACGUCACAAGUAACAAAUGAAAAAUUUGUUUGAUCAAAUACAUCGAUUUGUUUUGUGAUGAAACAUAUUAGGGUUUACAAACCUGAUAUCAUCCUUGUACAUCCCUUAUAUGUUGAAUCAUUUAUAUAGUUUAUUUCAAUAUGCAUGGAAUUUUUGAUAAUGUGUAAAAUAGGAUCUUUAAAUAAUGCUGAUAUAACUAACUAUUUAUUUUUCUAUUCUAUCUAUGUGAUAAAACAGUAUAUUAGGUGUAUGUGCAAUUUGCAAUUGACUGAAAUGUUUUUGGCCAAUGCUCUACAGGGUGUUUUCUAAAUAAAAUAUAUGACCCUUAGUCUUUCAUGAAUUAAAAAUAAUAAUUCGAUGUUGAAGUCAAAUAUCUGCACUUGUUUAUCAAUACAUAUUCCAAUUGAGGAAACUGAUUCUAUAUUGUACGAUUUUAUCUAGGUAAUGCAAAUAGGCAAUGUCAGAAGUUCCAUGGAUUUUUGUGUGCUGCUAUCCUAACAACGAAUAAUGGUGUACAUAAAUGUAUAAAUAGUUACUGCAUUUUUUCAGUCAACUAAUAAUAUUAAUGAUUGUACUGUUACUAUUUUUACAAAUACAAAAACAUUGGUGAA